CCCUCUCUCAAUUCCGAGUCCUGUCGUGCCUAGUCUUUACAAACAACAUACAACAAGGCGGAAAACAACUAAACGAGACACACACUCGGAUCCCAACGACGACGUUUCCAAUUGACUGACCUGUGGGCGGUUUGGUAAUCUUGGGCAGAGGGGCCAAUUUCUCUCUCUUAUUCCCUCUUUCGUUGUUAGAGGCCAUUCGUUCGUUGUUCUCAGGUGUGUGAGUGUGCCUAUGUCCAUGUGUGUGCUUGCGUUCCAAGCAGAGCUCGGCCCGAAUCGCUUCCAAAAACCCUAGAAAAUCGAUCAUCGCCGGCCUUGAAGACGAAGACGGAUGCUUUGUUUCGGUUCUCCGAUACGGAGUGUCGAGCCCUAGCGACCAUGCUUCGAGGACGGCUCUUUAUGUCCCGCCACCGAAGGUGCUUUCAGAUGAUAUUUUGUUUCCAGCUUAUGCGAUUCACAAUUCUUGAGCGCUUGCAAUCUAACCUGUUAUUGUGCCACGAAUUCAAAGCAUUGAUCUUUAUGGUGGUUCUGAUACGUACCCAUUUCUACUUUGUUGAAUGUGGACCGUGUUGCGCAAAUGGAAUGCCAAUUCCGGUGGAAUAUGAUUCAUGCAAGUCCUACAAAGGAGAUUGUGGUUCAGGGUUUCAGGGUGUAUAUGUUGGUGAUGCAGGUUCAGGGUAUCUUUCAAAAAGCCAUGUGGCCCACCUAGGCCGUGAGAAUGUGUGUGGCAGUUCGAAUUCAUUCUGCUUUCCUUCAACAUUGACUGGAUUUUUGCCCAAAGAGCAUGCUACCGAAUCAGCUGUUCUAGAUGCUUCUGCGAUUCAUUCUGAUGGCACAUUACCUGCAGGGUCAACUCAAGUAGGAAAUAACUCAAGCUGGUCAUCCUACCAUGGAAUCUUUAAGUUAUUAAGUGGACGAGCUAUUUCCUGUUCUCUGAAAUCUGAAGAGGAAAUCUGUGAUGCUUUAUCAGUUCAGACCUCUAUUGGUAACCAAAACUGUGUCUCUCCCUGUCAAGGACCUGUACAUAACCAGAAGAGACCAAGUCCCAACUUGAAUGAGAACUCUGAGAUGGUUAAAUCAGGAUUUAUAGAUGGUUCAUUGUCCUCCCACAUUGAAGUUAGCCCUCCUCUGCUUGACUGGGGGCAAAAAUAUUUAUAUACUCCUUCCGUCGCUUUUGUAAGUGUGGCUAAUACCCAUCAUGACAGGAUGUUAUACUUGUAUGAACCUUUCAGCACAAAUCCACAAUUUUACCCUUGCAAUUUCAGUGAAGUGUUACUGGCACCUGGUGAAGUAGCUUCAGUUUGUUUUGUGUUUUUACCCACUUGGUUGGGCAUGUCCUCAGGUCAUUUGAUACUGCAGACAAGCUUUGGUGGUUUCUUGAUCUUGGCUAAAGGUUUUGCUGUUGAGUCUCCUUAUGUGGUACAACCCUUAGUAGGAUUUGAAAUUUCCUCUAGUGGGAGGUGGAGUAAGACUUUAUCUUUGUUUAAUCCCUUCAAUGAAACCCUCUCUGUGGAGGAAGUAGCUGCAUGCAUAUCUGUUUCUUUAGGUAAUGCCUCACAUUCAGCAAAAGCAAUGUGUAGAGUAGAAAGUCUUCAAAGUUCUGAUGAGCAUAGAUUAAUGAACACUGAGGAGUGGCUGGGUGUCAAGGGCAGUCAUGUUAACUCACCAGGCUUGGCAAUUAGGCCCCAUGGAAGUUGGGAUAUCAGUCCUCAUAGCACUGAGACCAUAAUAGAGAUGGACUUCUCAUAUAUAUUUGCAGGAAAAAUGUUUGGUGCCUUUUGUAUGGAGUUGCUAAGGUCUUCACAAGAACAGCCAGAUACAAUUAUUGUUCCUCUUGAAGCAGAUCUGGGUAGUCAAUCAACCAUUCGCCUUGUAGAUUCUGUUCCUGUGUCAGUUGAGACACGUGGUUUUUGUGAUGGCAGCGAAACCACUGUUAUUGCUCUUUUGCUGAGAAAUGGUGCUCCUGAUCUGUUGAAAGUUAUAAAGAUUAGUUUAAUGGGAGAAGACACUAAACAUUUCCAGGUUAAAUUUAUGGAAGGCUUAUUGCUUUUUCCUGGCACUGUCACUCAAGUAGCUAUGAUUAGUUAUAUAGUGCCAGAAAUUGGAUUGCAUCAUUCUCCCUCUGAAAUUCCCAACAUGAACUUCAAUUGUAGAUUAAUGAUAGUGACAAAUGACUCAAGUAGUCCUCAGAUUGAAGUACUCUGCACAGAUAUUGUCAAUGUUUGUUCAAAACUAGAUUCAGACCACGAAUAUGGACAAUCAACAGGAAAGGCUGAAUAUAGAAAUCCAGCGACAGGAUCUUUAGGUGGCAGUGUGCAGUCACCAUUGCAUAUCAAGGCAAUAGGAGCAGUAGAACCAGAUGAAUUGGUACUGGGAAAUUGGAAGUCUCAAGGCACUGCAUGUGGCUUGUCAGUGCUUGAAGAUCGGGAGAUUUUGUUCCCAACAGUUCAAGUUGGAACUCAUCACUCUAAGUGGAUCUCUGUCAAAAACCCAAGCCAUGAACCAGUUGUAAUGCAGCUGAUUCUCAACUCUGGUGAAAUUAUUGAUGGGUGCAGGGCCUCAGCGGAACUUCUACAGCCCUCUUCAUCAACUAGUUUGGUCCAUAGUGAACGUACAUCACCAACAAAAUAUGGGUUCUCAAUGGCCAAGACUGCCAUAACAGAGGCCUAUGUCCAUCCUCAUGAGACAGUGUCUUUUGGGCCAAUUCUUUUUCACCCUUCAAAUCGAUGUGGGUGGAGAAGUUCUGCUCUGAUAAGGAACAAUCUUUCUGGCGUGGAAUGGUUGCCUUUGCGGGCAUUUGGAGGGUCAUUUUCCCUGGUUUUGUUUGAAGGUUCAGAACGAGUUGAGAGCUUAGAAUUUAAGUUCAAUUUCCCUAGUCCUUUGAAUUUCUCUCCUGACAUUUUCUAUCAUUUGGAAGAAGCCAAGGAUACCUGUUCCCAGCCAUUGUCGAAAGAGCUGUAUGCAAAGAACAAUGGGGACCUGCCACUGGAGGUCAGAAGAAUUGAGGUUUCAGGGACAGAAUGUGGUUUGGAUGGGUUUGUAGUGCAUACUUGCAAUGGGUUUGCUCUUGAACCUGGAGAAUCCAUAAAACUUCUGAUAUCAUAUCAGGCAGAUUUUUCUGCCGUCAAGGUACAGAGAGAUCUUGAACUUGCCUUGGGUACUGGUAUUCUUGUGAUCCCUAUGAAAGCAAGUCACCCUCUGCGCAUGUUCAAUUUAUGUAAUAAAUCAGUAUUCUGGAUGCGAGUGAAGAAAUUCUCUUAUGUCAUCUUUGCUGCUUUUCUGAUCUUUGUUGCAUUUAUUUGUGUCAUUCCCCAGUUGAUGGUGUUAGGCUCCCAGGACUACUUUUUAAAGGGUGGAAAAGGUUUGUCUAGCCCUAGUACGGGGCAAGUAGGAAAACCUUCUCAAGGGCAUCACAAUCCCAAGAACAGUAAUAAAUUUUCUGUGUCCUCUAAAGUGAAUGGCUUGUUGAGGUCAUUCAGGGAAAAGGAACCCUUAACAAUUAAGCCUAUUAAUAGUGACCCAGAUGGCCAAGGUUUCGCCUUAGAACAUGGGAUCAGUGCUCAACAUGUUAAGCAAACCAUGGGAAAUCAGAGAGAGAGUAAUGAUUUGAUGGAUGCUCAAAAUGAAAUUGCAUUUGGAUCUUGUGCUCUGCCAGACUCUAGCACAGUUGAGACCUCUGAUAUUUGGGAAGCACCAAAAGAUGGUAAACUCAGAAUUAGGAUUGAAAAGGACAAGAGACGAAGGCGAAGAAAGAAAAAGGCUUCUGGAACAGGACUAACAGGAGUCUUUGAAGUUUCCAGCAGUCAAAGUGGAAAUUCUACACCUUCGUCACCUUUGUCCCCAGUCACAUCUGUUACGCCUAAAAGGCUGUGGACCGUGUCUUCUGAUUCAGCUAAAUAUGUGGAGGCUCGGGACAAAUUUGUUCAAGUGGCUGAACGAGGUUGCGAGAAGAGUUCAGGCAUCAAAUCUGCCUGCAGGGCAAACAUAUUCGAGCCUGAGGUUUCUAUGAAGUAUUCUAAGGAAAACACUAUUUUCCUCACUCAAGAGAAGCCCUCUGAACCAAGAAAAUCGGCUGGUAAAGCUGAUAUUUUCCCUUCUGCCAGCUGCCCUUGCAGUAGUAGGUCUGCCACCAGUUUGGCAUGCCCUUCUCCUUUUAUGGGUACAACUGCUAUUGCUCCACAUGCCCGGGCUCCUGGAUCUAAACUUUAUAACCAGAAAACAGUUGAAACAGAAGAAAAAAUGGGACCCGAUGACCAAUUUAAGUAUGAUAUCUGGGGUGAUCAUCUCUUUGGACUUCAUUUGGUGGACAGGUCAAAGGAGGUCUCUGCUAUGACCUCUAGGGUUACAGAAAGUCAUUCUGAUAGCUUCUUUGUAAGGGGUCCACAAACCCUCAUGAGAAAAUCUCAACUAGAAUCUGUAAGUUGUUCUUAUGCAGAGCCUUAAUGAGAAAAAUGCUUGGUAAUUUUACAAGUUAUAUUCACAUCAGAAUAUUCUUCACUAGCACUGCUGAAGUUUCCCAGUCUUUAAAAGAGAAUUGAAAAAAAGAGAAUCAAAAAAGAAAUACCAUCUCUAAACAGUUCUUA